AUGGUCAGUCCUGGCGUCAAGCGCAAAUCAGAGCAUCUCUCCGCACCAGACUCCAAGAAGCCCAAGGGCGGUAGCAUCACCGCGUUCUUCGGAGCUCCCAAACCAAAGCCCGCAACUGCAGGUUCAGGCUCAGUCGCACCGUCGCGGUCUAGCACAUUCAACAAAGAAAAAUGGGUAGCUUCCCUGACCCCCGAACAAAAGGAGCUGCUGCAAUUGGAAAUCGACACUCUGGACGAGAGCUGGUUAGCCCAUCUGAAGGAUGAGAUUGUCACCACCGAGUUCUUGAACCUAAAGCGAUUCCUCAAGAAGGAAAAAGAUAGCGGUGCCAAGGUCUUCCCACCAGAAGAAGACAUCUACUCAUGGUCCCGACACACACCCUUGCACAGCGUCAAAGUCGUCAUCGUUGGCCAAGACCCCUAUCACAACGUCGGCCAAGCCCAUGGUCUCUGCUUCUCUGUCCGAGCCCCCGUACGAGCUCCGCCGUCACUGCUCAAUAUCUACAAAGGCAUCAAAGUCGAUUAUCCCGAGUUUGAAUCACCGCCCGAUAAGGGUGGUCUAUUGACGCCUUGGGCGGAGCGUGGUGUUCUCAUGCUCAACACAUGUCUUACUGUUCGGGCACACCAGGCCAAUAGCCAUGCCAAACAUGGCUGGGAGAAUUUCACGCAGAAGGUCAUCGAUCUCGUUGCUCGGGUCCGGACUAAUGGCGUUGUCUUCUUGGCUUGGGGUCGGCCUGCUGGAUUGAGGGUUGCGAAGAUCAACAAGGAAAAGCAUUGCAUUUUACAAUCUGUGCAUCCUAGUCCUCUCAGUGCGCACCAAGGAUUUUUCCAAAAUGGGCAUUUUAAGAAGUGCAACAACUGGCUUGCUUCGCGGUAUGGGCCUGAAGGUAUCAUUGAUUGGAAUCUGGUUCCGAGUAAGAAGGCUCCUUGUAUCUCUGAUAAGGAGAACCUGGAUGCUUCAAGCAACCAGGCACCUGCUGAUCCUGAGACUCCCAAGGCUGAGGUCAAGCCGAAGCCGCCAGUUGAUGAAUUUGACGAUGAAGAUGCAAUUCAAGCUCUUGUGGAGGCUGAGGCUUGUUCGAGUCCUUUCUGA